AUGAAUGUGCCAAAGACUAUCACUUACAAUAGUCUUGUCGAGCGUCGAACUGCAGCAUCAGCGGCUACAAGUCCUCUUGCCACAAAAGUGGAAGCUGAUUUGCAAAAGUUAGCAGACAAGUUCACUGCCUCAUUCCCUUUUCUGUCUAGUCAGUAUGAAAUAACAGUAUUGUACGGUGAUCUUGAUGAAGAUGUCGACCUGAGGAGGAAAAAAUGUAGUUGUAGAAUAUUUGAUUUGACAGGUCUUCCUUGUGAACACGCUCUAGCUGGUGCUCGAGAUCGUGGCAUUAGUCCAUAUACUUUAUGCUCCAGAUUCUACACAAUUGAAGCGUGGCUGUCAUCUUAUGGUGGAUUUGUAUAUACGCUGGGUAAUGAAGAAUCUUGGGUGAUACUAAAUGACAUAGGAAGUAUGAUGAUAGCUCCUCCUUUAGUGAAGCAAAAGGCUUGUCGUCCAAAGAAGAAACGACGUUUAUCAAAGGGUGAGAAGAAUAGCAAACAACAUAGAUGUAGUAGAUGUGGUGUCUUGGGCCACAAUCGAGUGACGUGCACCACUGUUUGUCCCCUGCCAUCUAGACAUGCUUAA